ACUGAAAAACGAUAUGAUACAUUAUCAGUUAUUCGACCUCACGAAACGUUGAAGCAAUGGGUUAUUCGGGUCAGAGUUCCUUUACAAAAGCUAGUCUCUGAGGAAAAAAGAAGCGUUUACCAUGUAUAUGCUCUAUUCCUAGGAUUCGGUAAGGGUAAAUUCAUAGAUCAUGAUUACUACAGACCUAAAAUUCAUAAGGCCAAUAUGGCGAUAUGUCUAAAUUGUAUAAAGCUUAUUUGUAUUGAUAAUGUAAAACUAAUAAAGAAAUUUCAUUAUGCUAGAAGUAGAUAUGUUGAAAUUAUCAAGCCAGAAGACUUGAUGUAG